CGCGGGGACGCAGGCGAGAAGUCACUGCAGCUUUUCAACACUGCACAACACAGACGCAGACAUGCAGGCGUCAAAGAAGGGAAUCUGCUGGAGACUUUUUCUACUCUCAUGCCUCUUUUUGGAAAGUUCCUGUCAAGAGUUUGGCGCACAGACGCAGUUCAUUUGCACAUCCGUACCAAAGGAUAUGGACAUUUGCGCGGCCACCUUGCAGAACAGCGUGCCAGGGGAGGACUUGAAGACAACGGUGAUGCAGCUGCGGGAGACGGUGUUGCAGCAGAAGGAGACCAUCAUGAACCAGAAGGAAACCAUCAGAGAACUGACUUCAAAGUUGGCUCGGUGCGAGAGUCAGAGUGGUGGCGGCGUGGAGCCCGGGGACGCGCGGCCGGGGGGCAGGAGGAAAGAAGCGGGGUCCAAAAACACGAUGGGGGAUGUAUCAAGGGGCCCCGCGGACACUUUGACGCAACUCUCGCAGACUUUACAGUCUUUGAAGCAGAGAUUAGAAAAUCUGGAGCAAUUCAGCAGGAGUAACAACUCAGUGCAAGCCAACAGCCUCAAAGAUCUCCUCCAGAGUAAAAUCGACGACCUGGAGAAGCAGGUUUUGUCCCGCGUCAACAGCAUCGAGGAGGGGAAGCCCGGGCUCCGAAACGAGACGGAGCAGCGUGGGAGAGUAGAGUCCACGCUCACAUCUCUGCACCAGAGGAUCACCGACCUUGAGAAAGGUCAAAGGGAGAGCAGGCCUCUGGAUAAAUUCCAGCUCACGUUCCCGCUGAGAACCAACUACAUGUACGCCAAAGUGAAGAAGAGUUUACCGGAGAUGUACGCCCUCACAGUGUGCAUGUGGCUCAAAUCCAACGCAUCCCCCGGAAUUGGCACACCUUUCUCCUACGCAGUCCCGGGUCAGGCUAACGAGCUGGUCCUGAUUGAGUGGGGGAACAACCCGAUGGAGAUCCUGAUCAACGACAAGGUUGCGAAGCUGCCUUUCCUCAUCAAUGAUGGUAAAUGGCAUCACAUCUGUGUGACCUGGACCACACGGGAUGGGGUCUGGGAGGCUUUUCAAGAUGGCGUAAGGAGGGGGAGUGGAGAGAAUCUGGCUCCUUAUCAUCCCAUCAAACCACAGGGCCUGCUGAUCCUGGGUCAAGAACAGGAUACGCUUGGAGGAGGGUUCGAUGCAACGCAAGCUUUUGUAGGAGACCUGGCAAAUUUUCAUAUCUGGGAUCGGAAACUAUCCGUAGGAGAGAUUUACAAUCUAGCAACUUGCAGCAGCAAAGCUCUGGUAGGGAACGUUUUUGCCUGGAUGGAGACGAGCCUCGAUAUUUACGGCGGAGCCUCCAAGUGGACAUUCGAAGCUUGUCGCCAGCUCAACUGAAACUGCAGCCAAGAGAAUCUCAGCGUGUUCGAGCCACUCCUUUGUCACAGCAUCGGUAAACUAAACGAAAGAUCAGGAUAUUUUCUGGAUUUGUUAUAGAUAUUUGAAAUCGUCAUUUGAUAGAUUUGUACCAGAUUCUCAUGUUCGGUUGAAAGAUCACAGGAUUCGGACACUUUGGCAUCCUGUGGCGCUCUCGGGCUGCUCGUGGUUUGGUUUGAAAAAGCAGCCGAUGAGAGCAGAAGACGCUCUCGGAGACCAAAAUGCCCGGCCGGAGUCCAAAGUCCAGCAGGAAGAUGUGUAGUUUUUAGAAAAUCAGAUGUCACGAAGUUCAACAAAAGGACUGAAAAUAUCUUUUUGUCUCGACUGCCAGGGAUUUUCACUGUGAAAAAGGGGGGCCUGGGUGGACUUCUUCAAAAGGAACGAGUUCUUCAAGAGAUCGUAAAAAUAGACGACAUAGUUUCUCUCUCACUCUUCUCUCCCUGCCACCACCCGCUUGAUGUGAUUUUGUGUAACAGAAUGACGUAUUUAUUGCCAACAUUGGAGCCUGAGUGCCUUGGGCUGUUGAAAAAAAAAUCUCAGCACAUUCAUUAUGAUUUGCAGAGUGUUGGUGUUUAUUUUCCUGUAAAUUACUUUGAAAAAGACUCCGAAUGAGGCUGGAUCAGAUUGUCUAUCGUAAAAUGCAAUUCAUUGAUGAGUAUGACGCAUUUUGCAGAUGUUUCAAUGGGAAUGUUCUCUGUACAGUAACAGCAUGUCUUAACUUCUGUAAAUGCUGCGUCAGCAUCUCUGAUCUUUGCUUUUACUUUCCUAUUUUUGGGUUGAGAUUUUAUACUGUAUUGUUAUAUGCUUUAAGCAUG